AUGGGCCUCGGUGAUAGAGGCCGACCUAGCAAGAAGCCCAAGUUUUCAUCCAAGGAGGACCUAAGAACUCCAGUUUUUGAAGAUGAGGAUGCAUAUUAUACUGAAGAAUUGGAAAACGAUUGUCGCGAUGAAGGAAAAAAGAGAGAUUUUACCAAAUUGGAACUUAAACCCGAUCACGCCAAUCGGCCACUUUGGGCUUGCGCUGAUGGCCGAAUAUUCUUGGAAACAUUCUCUCCUCUCUACAAACAAGCUUAUGAUUUUCUCAUUGCCAUUGCCGAGCCUGUUUGCAGGUCAGAGUCGAUGCACGAAUACAACCUGACACCUCACUCCUUAUAUGCCGCGGUGUCAGUUGGUCUUGAAACUGAGACCAUCAUAGCUGUUUUGAAUAAAUUGUCAAAGACCAAGCUUCCCAAAGAGACGAUUGACUUCAUACAGGCUUCUACUGCCAAUUAUGGCAAAGUGAAGCUUGUACUUAAGAAGAAUCGGUACUUUAUCGAAUCCCCAUUUCCAGAGGUGUUGAAGAGGUUGCUCAAGGAUGAGGUUAUAUCCAGAGCAAGGAUUUCCACUGAGGAUUAA